UAACUGCCCAGAAUACAACUACUGAAACUUCUACAACCACACGUGAACCGACAACAACUGCACCUGUACCUUCCACAACUACACCAGAACCUACGACCACUAAGCCUGAACAUACUACAACAACCCCUGGACCAACGACUACUACACCUGAACCAACCACUACAACACCAGAACCCACUAACACUACACCUGAAUCUACAACCACUACACCUGAACCUACUACAACCACACCUGAACCUACUACUACAACACCAAAACCUACCACUACAACACCUGAACCCACAACAACUAGACCUGAACCUACUACCACUACACCACAACCUACUAGGACAACCCCUGAACCAACUACUACUACACCAGAACCCACUUCAACUACCCCUGAUCCUACCACCACAACACCAGAACCCACUUCAACUACCCCUGAUCCUACGACCACAACACCAGAAUCUACUACAACUACACCUGAACCUACUACCACUACACCAGAACCGACUACAACAACCCCUGAACCAACUACUACAACACCUGAAUCUACUACAAGUACACCAGAACCUACCACUACAACACCUGAACCCCCUACAACUACACCUGAACCUACUACCACUACACCAGAACCUACUACAACAACCCCAGAACCUACUACUACGACACCUGAACCUACUACAACUACACCAGAACCUACCACUACAACACCUGAACCCACUACAACUACACCAGAACCUACCACUACAACACCU